AUGCACAGUAAACCUCUUUCCCUUGUUUGAAUUUUAAUAAAAAUAGUUGACCAGCUGAGUUUACGAAAGAUUAUCAUAUACUUAUAGGGUUGGUAUUUCCUACUGAGCCAAGAUAUGAUUGAGGAGUCCAGAUCUACUACCUUAAUAAGAAUAUUCAUAACGCUGAGCUUAAAUUUCCCCCUAGUGACACUACAAAAGAGUGUUGGUACUCUGUUUCAUAUAACACUGAAAUCUUUGACGGAAUCAUUUUUACUAUAAACCCAGCUAUUGGAAGCUCCAUCGAGUUGUACCUAAAGACGGGAAGCAAGGCCUACACUCUACUGAGUGGGGGCCUCCAUUCAGAGACCUUGAGAUACAGUACUAAAGAUAUAAGAGAGAAAAAGAAUGUUAAAGAAGACAUCCCGAUUAGUUUCUUGGUGGUCCCAAAGAUUUUGCAGCAUGGAAAAGGGUCAGUUCAAUUAAGGGCUAUUGAGAAGUAUAACAUGGUUCAUCCUUUAGAGCCAAACCAACUAAGAUGCAUUAUAUUUGGAUUGGAGUCGCUGUUAUGUUUGCUUGAUGAUGAUUUGGAGCUAUUGCAUACCUUAUAAAAUACAUUAGUAAAAACUCCGAAGGAAUGUGGUCUUACAGUAACAGUGAUAGCAAUAGUAAAAUCAAAGUGCAUCCAGAAGUAGCCUGUAUAAGGAACUCUAUUCAACGCCAGGACUUAGAAGUAGGCUACCAAAAUGUAUCCUUUGAGCAAAUUGCUCGUUACAAUAAUUACUUGGUCUACAAAGAUGAUAACAUGAGCCCUCAUAAUGACAGGAGUUCUCACAAAGCAGCAAGAGGCUCUCAUGACAAAGUCCACAUAGGCACCAUUAUCCCAAUAACCAAAUUCAAGAAGUCCAGGAGAGAACUCAAAGAUCUUCAGAUGCUCAACAACAUCGGACUCAUAGACCUUGGCCAAUUCCCAUCGAAAGUGAUUCCAAGGAAGCAUCAUCAAUAAC